AUUAAAACUACCAGCAUCAUGUCAGAAGUGUCCUUCAAUACUAAAUUCUUCACACAGACUCUUAAGGAAGAGCCCCUUGAUGAGACUAAGAGAAAGACAGUUAAUAAACUCAGGUCCCAAGAAUAUAGGAAGAGAAGGAAGCAAUAUAUACAGAGCUUAGAGCAUAAAAAUAAACUCCUGAGUGAAGAAAAUGUAUUGCUGAAGCAAGAAAUACAUAUUUUAAGGAGCAAGAUCAGUCAUACGAGUGAGUUCUCCUCUGCAGAAGCUGAUAGCAAGACCAAAGUCGAUAUUAGUGAAAACUUCGCAUUUUAUCAACUCUCUACUAUGGUGAAGAAAGACCCUAAUAGUGUUAGGUUCAGUCAACUUGCAAUGGCAGCUUCUGACACAUCAAAUUGGAAUCCUAAUAGAAUUCAGGUAAUCAAGGAUGCAUUUAAUGAUGUGAUAAAUUACAUCAUUUCCAAAGAUUCCAAGUGUUACGUCUCUGCUUUCAAGAGCAUGAAACCAAGUGAAUACUUGAAAAAGGUGAAUAGCAAAAGAUCGUUCAAAGCAAGAUACAAGGAGUUAGUAGACAUGUCUCCUCGUGAAGUACUGUUGAACCAGAAGUUAUCCGAGCCUAUUACCACUUACUUUACCAAAUAUGGGACUGAAUUUUUUAAGAAUUUAAAAGAUUGAGGAAAACUUGUUAAGAAGUUGAUAACUAUCAGAAAUGAAAUCAUUAGUAAUUCAUUGAAAAGAGAGCAGAUCCUGAUUAACACAAAUCUUAUUCAGCACUUCACAAAGGAUGAUUACAUCACAAUGUGAGAGUUGGUAGGCAAACUUGAUGGUUCAAAGUAUCUAAAACCUCAUUAUUUAUGGGAUAUCCCCUCUAGAGAUAAAAAUUCUGAGGACUAUCUAAGCUAUUGCUUAUCAGAAUAGUUAAUGGCGUGAUUUUUGCUAAUUUUCAAUUAUA